AUGCUGGAUUGCAUAAGAGACAUUAGUCGAGUCAAACAAAUGUUUGUUAUAUUAAGAUACGUGAAUACGUCCACCGGUAAUUUAGAAGAACAUUUUCUUGGUUUUUUAGCAGUAUCAGAAACAACAGGAAAGUUUUUAACAAAUAUCAUACUCAAUGAACUUGAAAAACAUCAAUUAAAUAUUCAAAAUUGUAGAGGCCAAGGCUACGAUAAUGGCGCCAAUAUGGUCGGCAUUAAAAAAGGAGUAAAAUCAAGAAUAUUAACUAUCAAUCCACAAGCAUUCUUCACUCCUUGUGGUUGCCACAGUUGGAAUCUCAUUUUAGUAGAUGCAGCCAACACAUCAUCCAUCGAAAAAGUGUUCUUUGGUUUCAUCCAAAAAAUAAAUGUUCUUUUUUCCAAAUCCAGCAAGAGAUGGGAAUUAGUAAAGGAUAAAUUGAAAAUAACCUUAAAAUCGUUGUCUGAUACAAGAUGGGAAAGCCGAAUUGCUUCAGUGAAAGCUAUAUUAUUUCAGUUUGAUGAUAUUAUCGAUUGUAUAAAUAAUCUGGAAAAUCAAUCUGAAGAUGUAGACACUCUUUGCGAUUGCCAAGCAAUUGUAACUGAAAUGCUAACUCUGGAAUUUAUUAUCUCGAUACACGUGUGGUACGAAACAUUAAACCGAGUCAAUAACAUAAGCCUACCACCAAGACUCGUCGUUCCUAGAAUGCUGCAGCACUCGGCUUGGCCGCAUCGCCUGUCGCCCUCUGUGACGCAGAUCCUCGGCGGAUCGCUGGCGCACGCGCAGAGCGAGGAGUCCGGCAUCGAGCCCGGUCACGUGGCCACCAUCACGGGAUCCUUCGUGUCGUUCCAGGGAACGCACCACGACCACUACGACACCGACCACACCGAUCUGGCCAGCGAGCCGGACGAAUCUGACAUCAGGAGGGAGCUUUUGAGAGAUCAAUGGAGACACUUCUUCGAUAAAUACGACCCCGAAGGCUUCGGUGAGAUACCAUGGCCGGACUUCGUCAAAGCGAUGGAGCAGCAGAAUUUCCGGGAACGCGUAAACACCGGUAAAAGGGAAAUUUUGCUGGACAAAGCACGACAAGCAAAAACAGCAGCGAUCACUUUCCAAGACUUCGUCAAUGUGGUAAGUCAAAUAGAUAAAGGAAUAUACGCCAAUUUGUCAUAUUUUUAA